CACCCUUUCAUCUCCUGUGCAUCGAUCCCUGUGCUUCCAGUUCCCUCCAUAGAUCGUCUCCGAGAUCAGCGGGAUCACAACAGCGCAGGACUUUUAGGUGAGAAUGUCAUCUUUCUCUUUGUCGCCAGAAAGGAAGUGAGCAGGGAAAGGCCCAACCCAACCAGCCGCCGAUCCCGCACAGACAACGUCGCCCUUGGCAUGACGGUUGCGGCCUUUCACCUCGCAGGCAGAGCCCCUACACAUUCCAUUGUGACUCUUUGUCCUACACAUCGCCCUCGAACGCUCAUCUCUUCCCUUUGCCUCGACAUUAGCCUCCGCUUACCUUUACAUCUGUACUGUUUCGUAUCAACCUUCUACGCUGAAACAGAGAUUGACGCGAGUCUCAUCCUAGUCACACUCAUCACCCCGCACCACACCCGUCACGAGUCCAAGUCUAUACUCGCAACAUGUCGUCUGACAACUCUAAAAAGCUGGUACUACAGAGCUCUGAUGGUGAGGACAUCGUAGUCGACCGGGAUGUUGCUGAGAGAUCUAUUCUCAUCAAGAACAUGGUCGGCGAUCUCGGUGAAGAUGCCAUGGAGGAAGCCAUCCCCAUCCCAAACGUCAACGCCGCUGUCCUCAAAAAGGUGAUUGAGUGGUGCACCCAUCACAAACAUGAUCCUCCUGCGACGAACGAAGAUGACUCGGACUCGCGCAAGAAGACGACGGAUAUCGAUGAGUGGGAUCAAAAAUUCAUGCAAGUCGACCAAGAAAUGCUUUUCGAGAUCAUUCUGGCGGCAAACUAUCUCGAUAUCAAAGCUUUGCUGGAUGUCGGCUGCAAGACUGUCGCCAACAUGAUCAAGGGCAAGUCGCCGGAGGAGAUACGUAAGACGUUCAAUAUCCAAAACGACUUCACGCCCGAGGAAGAGGACCAGAUUCGCAGGGAAAACGAGUGGGCUGAAGAUCGUUGACUCACUCCGUCAUCAUUACCCGCAAACUAGCAUAGUCCGAUGGCGUUGGAGGCGUUUGACGAAUGACGAUGGGUGGAUUUCAGAUGGGUGCAGGAAAUCAUCGAGCUGGUGGCGCAGUCAAAAUCGAUCUCCUUUUAUCACUUGUCAUGCUCGGUCCAUGACAAACUCAAUGGAGUGGCUUAUGCCUGAAGUCCUAACGGCAACGACCGGAGCUGGGAAAUGCAGGGAUGCAGGGACACAUGCACAUGCCGACUCACGAAGGGAUGACGGGCGGCGGUAAUCAUGCAGGUUCAGGCUGCUACCAAAAAUACGUUCUGCACAUAGAUGACUCCCAACAUGAAGCGACGUGUUUGCCGAGUCGGACGGGCCGGGUUUUACUUUUGGGGGCAUGGAACGAGGACGUUAGAUCGAAAACCCUCUUUUGAGUUGAUGUUUUUAAUCUGAGUUCUUUUGCACUAGGCUUCGACGCAUGUCUCUAGAGCGUAUUGCCGACCGUCAUUUCCUGAA